AUGAGCGAAGCCGGCGGCGGCCGGGUCUGUGGGUGCCCGGUCCCCCUGCGAGCGCCAUGGAGCCUGGUGGCGGCGACGGCCGCGCUCUGCCUGGUGUCGGCCACGUCGGUGUGGACGGCUGGGGCCGCGCCCAUGAGUAGGGAGGAGAAGCAGAAGCUUGGGAAUCAAGUACUGGAAAUGUUUGAUCAUGCAUAUGGUAACUAUAUGGAACAUGCUUAUCCAGCGGAUGAACUCAUGCCUUUAACCUGUCGAGGUCGUGUUAGAGGUCAGGAACCAAGUCGGGGCGACGUUGAUGAUGCCUUGGGAAAAUUUUCCCUGACACUGAUUGAUUCUUUGGAUACUCUUGUGGUAUUAAAUAAAACUAAAGAAUUUGAAGAUGCAGUAAGAAAAGUUUUAAGAGACGUUAAUUUAGAUAAUGAUGUAGUUGUAUCAGUCUUCGAAACAAACAUCAGAGUUCUUGGGGGUCUUUUAGGUGGACACUCACUGGCAAUCAUGCUGAGAGAAAAAGGCGAAUACAUGCAGUGGUACAAUGAUGAACUUCUCCACAUGGCGAAGCAGUUGGGCUACAAACUGUUACCGGCUUUCAAUACUACCAGUGGCCUUCCUUAUCCAAGAAUUAAUUUAAAGUUUGGCAUCAGGAAACCAGAAGCACGGACGGGAACUGAGACCGAUACCUGUACAGCCUGUGCAGGUACCUUGAUCCUUGAGUUUGCUGCUUUAAGUCGAUUCACAGGAGCCACAAUAUUUGAGGAAUAUGCAAGAAAAGCUCUUGAUUUUCUCUGGGAAAAAAGACAACGAAGUAGUAAUUUAGUGGGUGUGACUAUCAAUAUUCAUACUGGAGACUGGGUACGAAAAGACAGUGGAGUUGGAGCAGGCAUUGAUUCAUAUUAUGAGUAUCUUUUAAAAGCCUAUGUCUUGCUUGGAGAUGACAGCUUUUUGGAAAGAUUUAAUACACACUACGACGCCAUAAUGAGGUACAUCAGCCAGCCGCCCCUGCUGCUCGACGUCCACAUCCACAAGCCAAUGCUGAAUGCGCGCACUUGGAUGGAUGCUCUGCUUGCCUUCUUUCCAGGUUUACAGGUUUUAAAGGGGGAUAUUAGACCUGCUAUUGAAACUCAUGAAAUGUUAUAUCAGGUGAUUAAAAAACACAAUUUUCUACCAGAGGCAUUUACCACAGAUUUCAGGGUACAUUGGGCUCAACAUCCUUUAAGGCCAGAAUUUGCAGAAAGUACCUACUUCUUAUAUAAAGCUACAGGAGAUCCUUACUACCUUGAAGUAGGGAAAACACUUAUUGAAAAUUUAAAUAAAUAUGCUAGAGUGCCUUGCGGAUUUGCUGCCAUGAAGGAUGUCCGUACUGGAAGUCAUGAGGACAGAAUGGAUUCUUUCUUCUUGGCCGAAAUGUUUAAAUAUCUUUACUUGUUAUUUGCUGAUAAAGAAGACAUUAUUUUUGAUAUAGAAGAUUACAUCUUUACAACAGAAGCUCAUCUGUUACCUCUUUGGCUCUCUACUACAAAUCAAAGCAUCUCUAAAAAGAACACAACCUCAGAAUAUACAGAACUGGAUGACAGUAAUUUUGAUUGGACUUGUCCGAACACUCAGAUUCUCUUCCCUAAUGACCCACUGUAUGCUCAGAGCAUUCGUGAACCCUUGAAAAAUGUGGUGGAUAAGAGCUGUCCUAGAGGCAUCAUCAGAGUAGAGGAGAAUUUCAGGAGUGGAACUAAACCCCCUCUGAGAGCCAGAGAUUUCAUGGCCACUAACCCUGAACAUUUAGAAAUCCUGAAGAAGAUGGGGGUGAGUUUGAUUCACCUCAAAGAUGGGAGAGUCCAGUUGGUCCAACAUGCAAUCCAAGCCGCUAGUUCAAUCGACGCGGAAGACGGGCUGAGGUUCAUGCAGGAGAUGAUCGAGCUGUCGAGUCAGCAGCAGAAGGAGCAGCAGCUGCCUCCACGAGCUGUGCAGAUCGUCUCCCACCCGUUUUUUGGCAGGGUGGUGUUGACUGCUGGGCCAGCGCAGUUUGGGCUGGAUCUGUCGAAACACAGAGAGACCAGAGGAUUUGUGGCAAGCAGUAAACCAUACAAUGGUUGUUCGGAGCUUACUAACCCCGAGGCAGUGGUGGGAAAAAUUGCAUUGAUACAGAGAGGACAGUGCAUGUUUGCAGAGAAGGCACGUAAUAUCCAGAAUGCUGGAGCCAUUGGUGGCAUUGUUAUCGAUGACAAUGAGGGGAGCAGCAGUGAUACUGCCCCUCUGUUCCAGAUGGCGGGUGAUGGAAAGGACACUGAUGACAUCAAGAUCCCCAUGCUGUUCUUGUUCAGCAAAGAAGGAAGCAUCAUCCUGGAGGCCCUGCGGGAGUACGAGGAGGUGGAAGUCCUCCUUUCUGAUAAAGCAAAAGAUCGCGAUCCAGAAAUGGAAAAUGAAGAACAACCAUCCUCUGAAAGUGAUUCCCAGAAUCAGAGUGGGGAGCAAAGUACGUCAGCUUCUCAGGAGUUUGACUUGGUUGAUCAAGAGUCUCCUGAGGAAAGUUCUCUAGACUCUCACCCAGAAUCAUUCUCUCAAGCAGAUGCAGACAGUGCUGUAAGCAUUUCCCCUGUUGAACAGACUUCACAUCCCACAGAAAACCAUGAGACUCCAAGUCUUGAUGGUGAAUGUACAGAUUUAGAGAACCAACCUCAAGAACAGUCAGAGACUGAGGAAGAUUCUAACCCUAAUGUGAGCUGGGGUAAAAAGGUCCAGCCUAUAGACUCCAUCUUGGCAGACUGGAAUGAAGAUAUAGAAGCAUUUGAAAUGAUGGAGAAAGAUGAGCUAUGACUCACCAAAGAAUCUGGUGGUAGGUAUUUAAAAAAAAAAAAAAAAAAAGGUAAACUGUGGUUAGUAGACACCCUAAUACUAAGCAGGCCCUCUAAUGGGAGGCUGUAAGUAUGGCAAUGAGCAACCACGUUCUGACUGGGAUAUCUUAGGAAUCUGGAGCAUGCUGUGUUAGAAUUGACCUUGUUGAAAACUGUCCCAACAAAAAUGGAAACUCACAGUUCCCCCCCUCAAAUGACGCCUGCAGCAACCUGCUCCACCUGGAGCCAGGAGAUGAGGAUUGGGCAUGUCUGGGAUCCAGAUUUCUGCAGUCCCUGGAUAGACAAACACAUUCAGUUCAUAGAGGAAUGGGGAUUAGGAGUUCAUAUAGCUCUUGAAUCGAAGGAAGCUUGGAUUUCUUGGAUUAGGGUUAGAGGCUCUUUUGGGAAGUGACACAUGAGUGUUGUGGCAUUCUGGUUAUGCUGCCUUCACAAAACCCCAGAGUGGUCUGAGUGGUGAUGAAGCAGAAGCGGUCACAGUCAGUGACAGAUAUUUAAGAGAAGAUGACUUGAUUUUCCCCUCUAUCCCCCUUGACAAUGUCUUUUCAUUUAAACCAAAGGUGAAACCAGUGUAUUUUCUAGUGAGUUUUCUGCAUAAAGACUAAUCAGUGGGACCAGGUAAUAAGGUCAUAUUGUGGAAAUUGGUUACUCAAUACUUUUGAAAAAUGGAGCAAGGGAGAAACAAUAAUGUUGCAAUAUGAACUUCCCAUCGGGCCUUCCAUAGGGGCAGCUCUGACUACUCUUAAACGGAGCUUAGCGUUAUAUCCUUGUAGGGUAGGUGAUACUCGAUUCAUUUCUUCAGUGGUGGGUACAGAACUCUAGCAAUCAGCCUUACUCCAUCCCAUGUUUAGGAUGCAGUUCGAGCCAGAAGGCCCAAAUUGCCAACAGCUGGUUAUAUUUUGUUCCAUUUUUCUCUCUUAUGGAGCCAUGGUAAAACUGUGGGAGUGAUCCGAAAUUCCUGGGGUUACUAGUAUUUUUUUUUCCUUUGAAAGUUUGGUUUCAAAGUUGAAACCUUAGUUACACCUAAGGGGUCUGUCACAUUUUCUAUUGAAUCAUGGUUUUAAGUUUGCUUUUGUAUCUUUUUUUUUUUUUUUAACAAAUAUUCCUUUUGAUAUGGACUUGAAAAUUAAGUCUUUGGUGACCUGUGUAAAAAAUGUACACAGUACCAACUACAUAUGGCCAUAUAGCAUACAGAGAAUGCUUUUUUUUCUUUUUUAAAGAGAGAUUUUUGCGAUAGGGUGCAUGUGC